GUUUUUACAAAAAGUUAACAUGAAUAUGAUGUACUUCACUCUUAUGGACGUUACUGAGGACGAUAGUCCAAAUAGGCAAAUACAUAUACAUUGACAAAAUAUGGAUUAUAAAAGUGAGAAUGUGGGACCAUCAUUAAUUUUAAGGCCCAACCCACCACGAAAGUAUAAAACCUUCAGUCCCCUUAAUUCCCUCCAUUUCCCAAAUUCCGUCAACAAGAACUCCUUUACUCAUUUCAAUUUUCAAUUCACAUCAACAAUGUCUUCAAUUUCCUCUUCCCAUCCAAACCCUAACCCUAACCCUAAAUUCUCUGAACCUUCAUCUUCAACCAAAUCCAAUCGCAAAAAAAUAAACAAUCGAAACAGGAAGAACAAGAACAAGAACAAGAACAAGAAAAUUCCGAAUUGGUUAGAGCUUCCCGAGGAUGUUUGGUCCUUAAUUUUGUCGAAAUUAAACACAAUUCACCUAAUCGAAAAUGUCCAGAAAGUUUGCAUGUUAUUCCGCAAGCUCUGCAAACAACCUUCGUUGUUCAAGGUGGUUGAUAUGACACUUCCAGAUGCUUAUAUGGACUUGGAUUUUGAUGCUAAUGUUUUGACUCGAUUCAUUGUUGAUCGAAGUUGUGGCUGUUUGCUUGAUAUCUACUUGGAGUUUCUUUGUGAUGAUGAUACUUUGAUGUACAUCGUUGACAGGUCAAGGAAUCUUAAGCAUCUGCGAAUAGGGAACUACAUUUAUAUUUCUGGUGAAGGACUGAUUGAAGCUGUAAAAAAGCUCCCAGCACUCGAGGAACUGGAGAUAAUUAUAUGUAAUGAUUACUCUGCAGAUGAUAUUGAAGCUAUUGGCCAUGCCUGCCCUUCACUGAAAGCAUUCAGCUUCAAUGAUGUUGGAUCUAAGACUCUGGAUUUUACUUGCAAUGAGGAAGCAUUAGCCAUUGCUAAAAGCAUGCGUAAUUUGCGCAAUCUUCAACUGAUUGGAAGUGGUAUCACAAAUGAAGGCUUAAAAGCAAUUCUGGAUGGAUGUCCUCUUCUUGAAUCCCUUGAUUUACGUGCAUGUUUCCACAUCGAUUUAUCGGGAGAUCUGGGGAAAAGAUGUGAGCAGAUCAAGCGCUUGCGGAGACCAUAUGAUUCUACUGCAGAUUAUAGUCACCAAGCAUGUGCUGAUGAUCCAGAACAUUACGGAGCCUACAAGUUGGGCAGUCCAUACAGCGAGUAUGAUUCUGAUGAUAGUGGCUUCUAUGGAUAUCCAGGAUACCUUGAUUUCGAGGAUGAAUACCUUGACUAAUUUGAUGAUUAUGAUGAUCUCCCACUCCACUUCAUUGCUCAGUUUGCUGGUGCUGGCCUCGUAGACUAUGAAUCCUCUGACUGAUUUUUCAGCUCUUUUCCUCGUUGCUGAUUUUUCAUUCAUGUUUUCCCGUCUGUCUUGUGUUAAAUAUUCUGUGGUUGCAUGACUUGCAUCUAAGUGACUCUAAAUUACAACAUUAAAAUCAACUUCCCGUAUUUUAAAUAGAGUAUAUUUUUUCUUAUAUUAAAUAUUUAAUAUCUUUCUAAUAUAAUAUAUAUACAUUGUUGAUAGGUAUUACACAAUUACAUCAUUUCUUUAGUUCGUUAUUAAUUUUUUUUUUUUUUAUUAUGUCUUGUUUAUUUUUUGAGUUUAUAGUGUUUAAUUUGAGUGUCUUCCCCUGUAUUUUUCUGAGAAAUACCCUAAUUUAGCUCAAUAAAUUUGAUGCACUUUUUUUUUCAUAGAGAAUGGAUAUACAUCGAAUUUUGAUUCUGCAAUGUCUUUUUUUUUUAAAUCUAUGUUUUAGGUUGAGUUUUUUUUGGAUAUGGGGUGAAUGGUGGUAUAACUCUGUUAUGAAAUUGUGAAACAAGCUUUCCAUAUGCUUUAAUCGACGUCGAUAAUGAUGCUAAAAGAAUGUGCAAAGGUC